AUGGCUGCCGAAGGAGGAAUCACGAGCAGCGCCGAUCGUAUGGUUGGUGCUGACCACGCCGAAGUUCGCUACUUCACGAGCUACGAUCAUCAUGGCAUUCAUGAGGAGAUGUUGAAAGACGAUGUCCGCACUCGGUCUUAUCGUGAUGCUAUCUACCAGAACAAGCACAUCUUCAAGGAUAAGGUCGUUCUUGACGUCGGUUGCGGUACCGGCAUUCUCAGCAUGUUCGCCGUCCGUGCCGGUGCAAAACACGUUAUUGGUGUCGAUAUGUCUUCCAUCAUCGAAAAGGCUCGUGAGAUCGUUGCCGUGAACGGUAUGGCCGACAAGAUCACCCUUCUGCAAGGAAAGAUGGAAGAGGUGAACCUCCCAUUUCCUCAGGUUGACAUUAUCGUGUCUGAGUGGAUGGGUUACUUCCUUCUUUACGAGAGCAUGCUGGACACUGUUCUCUAUGCCCGUGAUCGAUACCUUGCUCCAGGUGGAAAGAUCUUCCCUGAUCAGGCUACCAUUUAUGUUGCUGGUAUCGAGGACGGCGAGUACAAGGAUGACAAGAUCGGAUUCUGGGACAACGUUUACGGCUUCAAUUACAGUCCCAUGAAGGAUGUUGCUCUAACCGAGCCUCUCGUUGACACUGUCGAGAUGAAAGCUGUUGUCACGGACCCCUGCGCCGUUCUCACCUUGGAUCUGUACACAGUUACCACCGCAGACUUGUCCUUCAAAGUCCCAUACUCGCUGCCCGUCAAGCGCAACGACUUCAUCCACGCGAUUAUCGCUUGGUUCGACAUUCAGUUCACCGCGUGCCACAAGCCUAUCACUUUCUCCACUGGCCCUCAUGCCAAGUACACUCACUGGAAGCAGACCGUCUUUUAUCUGCGGGAUGUCUUGACUGUUGAAGAAGAGGAAUCCGUCAGUGGUGUUCUGGAGAACAAGCCCAAUGCCAAGAACAAGCGUGACCUCGACAUCAAGCUCUCCUACACCUUGGAAACAAGGGAUCCUAUCCGUUAUGCUCAAGGCGAAUGCGAGUACAAGAUGUGCUAA